CACAUGGGUACAUCAUUCCUCUCUGUGAGUGUAAUGCGCCUUAGCCCCGCCCGCCCGUGCUGACAUGAUAAACGUAUGUAACACACCAGCGGGUGAGAGCACCGCAGUGAACGUGGCGUCGCUGCUGCAGCAGAUCCAGGGAGAGGAGCCUGUUUGCAUUCCACUGCAGGUGCAAAACAAUGGAGGUGAAAGUCGAUCAGCAAGACGAAGAUACUGCAUUCAUCAACACUGACGCUAAUGGUAAACGGCCAGCGGAGGACAUGGACGAAGAGCAGGCCUUCAAACGUUCUCGCAAUGCAGACGAGAUGGUGGAGCUGCGCGUGCUGCUUCAGAGCAAAAAUGCCGGUGCCGUUAUCGGGAAGGGGGGCAAGAACAUAAAAGCUCUGCGCACAGACUACAAUGCCAGUGUAUCAGUCCCAGACAGCAGUGGCCCGGAGCGGAUCCUGAGCGUGAACGCCAGCAUCGACACUAUUGGAGACAUUCUGCUGAAGAUCAUCCCGACCCUAGAGGAGUACCAGCAUUACAGUGGGGUUGAUUUUGACUCUGAGCUUCGCCUGCUGAUCCACCAGAGUUUGGCCGGAGGCAUCAUCGGGGUGAAAGGUGCCAAGAUAAAGGAGCUGAGAGAGAACACUCAGACCACCAUCAAGCUGUUCCAGGAGUGCUGCCCCCACUCCACGGACAGAGUCGUCUUGGUGGGAGGAAAACCAGAGCGUGUCGUUGAAUGUAUAAAAGUGAUCCUGGAGUUGGUGGCGGAGGCGCCAAUCAAAGGUCGUGCGCAGCCGUACGACCCUAACUUCUACGAUGAGACGUACGACUACGGCGGCUUCACCAUGUUGUUCGAGGAGAGAGGCAGACGACCCAUUGGUGGCUUCCCCAUUCGUGUGCGUGGGGGCUUUGAGCGCAUGCCCCCCGUUCGUGGCAACAGACCCAUGCCUCCCUCCAGAAGGGAUUACGACGACAUCAGCCCCCGCCGGGGUCCUCCGCCGCCGCUGAGCAGAGGAGGACGAGGGGGCAGCCGAGCACGUAAUCUGCCUCUUCCCCCGCCGCCGCCGCCAAGAGGAGGGGGAGACCGGUUCUCACAUGGCAGCUAUCAUGGCGGCAUGGACGACAGAGCAAGUGACAGAAGAGGGCGAGGAGGAGACCGCUACGACAGCAUGAGCGGAGGUGGAUAUGGUGGUCGAGGCUCGUACAGUGACAUCGGAGGCCCGGUCAUCACAACACAAGUCACCAUCCCCAAAGAUCUGGCUGGCUCCAUCAUCGGUAAGGGCGGCCAGAGGAUCAAGCAGAUCCGCCACGAGUCCGGGGCAUCCAUCAAGAUCGAUGAACCACUAGAGGGCUCUGAGGACCGCAUCAUCACCAUCACAGGAACACAGGACCAGAUCCAGAACGCCAGUACCUGCUGCAGAACAGCGUGAGCAGUACUCUGGUCGCUUCUUCUAGGACGAGGGAAGCGCAGAAGAAGAGUGACGCCACGCGCCGCCUACUGUCCCUCCGUCAGAGCCCACAUUCCUCUGCCCCCCCCCCCCCCCCCCUCACUGUCUCACUACAUCUUAUCUAUAAACCGCAAUUCUUAAUUUGAGGAGUUUUAAAGAAACUUAACGCUGUCAAACGGCAAACAAGGAGUGGACGCCAUGUUUGUGGUGUAGUUGUGUGUUGUGGCGUGAACUCGUGUGUGUGUGAUGUCGUGUCGGGAGCCGCCCUGGCUUCCUCUGUUCAGUACAAGCAUGCAGAAUGUAAUCUUUUUGUAAGGAACAUGUGAGCUUUUAGUUCUUUCUUAAACGUUUAACUCUUUAAAUGCUUUACUUGAUUUUGAAAUGGUUAAAAACUCCUGAUUCUCGCCAAGAGUUCAGAUUAUGUGUGUGUGUUUUAAAUAAAGUCAGACCUUUGCUUUAAGUUGGGAUACAUGUGGCCAGUGUGAGAGUAAAAAUAACAAGUGUGUGUGUGUAUAUAUUUACAUAAGGUUUGUUCAUCUUUCUUUUCUUUCUGCGGGUGUUUGUGUCAUCGCUGUGAUGCCUUCACAUCUGACCUGUUGCUGUAAGUGUGUUUGGUUUCACACAUCACAAGCAUUGUUCUUCCUCUUCAUGCACUUCGUGAGUCCAUGAGUGGUGCUUUGUGUCAUGUGUGUAUCUGAUGGUACCUGCAGGUGGUUUAGUAAAUAAAGUCUGUCACCAAAAGUGCGCUCUA